UCUCUUACUUAUAUUUGGAUACAUUAAACCGUUAUCAGUUAGUUUAAAACAAGUGAAUCGUAAACGAAAAACUGGUUUGCAUCUCUUGCAGAAAUUUCGAAAUUUUUAUUUCAAUUAUUCUCUAUCGAUUUAAAGCGAUUCAUCGACCUAAUCAAAGCAAAACAGUUUGGAAAUGUUAAUUCAGGAGCCUGUACAGGUUGCAAUUUGGACAAAUUUAAAUUUCUACGCAUAUGAAGAUGCAACAUUUCUAGCUGAGAGAUUAUGCUCAGAAAUCGAGACAGACGAAAGUUUGUUCCUUCUGGCAACUUGUUACUACAGAUCGGGAAGAACAAAUGAAGCCUAUUGGCUGCUCAGUACAAAGGGAGCUCAAACACAAAAGUCAAAGUUUUUGCUAGCUAAAUGUGCAUACGAAUUGAAGCAUUAUUCCGAGGCUGAAAGCGUCUUAUGUCAAAAUAAGAGUCCAAAGACGAUAAGCGAUCUUGAUGAGAUUUGUAAGGAAUUUGGUGAGUUGAGUGGUUUUGUAAUGCAAUUACUCUCAAAAAUAUGCAAGCAAACUGAACGAGCUGCGAUGGCCAAUGAAUGCUGUCGUGCAUCACUCAAACAAAAUCCUUUUCUAUGGAAUUCGUUUGUCGAUUUGUGCAAUCGGGGUGAGCGCCCCAAUCCUAAAGAGAUCUUUCAAAUAAGAAACGAUGAAUUACUGAGUCAGUUAGAAAGACAGUUGUGGAGUAAUCCAUCGCCAGAAUUUCAUUUGUAUGAUAAAAAUGUCAGUAUUCAUGAGCAGCAGCAGCAGCCGCCGCCUACUUGUGUAAUUACACCAAAUAACGCAAAUAUAGAAAAGUUUGAAGUUGACGUUGAAGAUACACCAUUGAUGGAAAAUUUAAACCAAACAUCUUUAACAUCUCAACCACGCAUUCAUGAACAGACUCCAUAUCGUAAACAAUUUAAAUAUCUUCAAUCAAAUAUGAUUCCAAUAACACCAAGCUUUGGAGUCUUACCUUUGAACAGUCCUUUUGAUAGUUUAAAACAAACAACUCUCUUCCUCACACCAUCACCACCAUUAACCACUCAACAGCAAACACAACAGCAGCAACAACAAAUCAUCGAUUGUGAGAAAAAUAACAGCAACAAAAAGAUUCGUGGCAAUUUAAAUUCUUUAGUGACACGAAAAGAAAUUGCAACACCACUUCAACAAACAAAGCCUGUUGUUCUUAAUCAAUCCAGCAAUAUCACGCCUAAUCGUACUCAGUUCAUGCAGCAACAACAACAGGAUCAACGUUAUCCAAGUGUUCGACGAUCCUCGAGAAUUUUCAGUAAUUAUUCGGUUAAAGAAAAUAAUAAAUCACCGAACUUGAAUAAGUUUGUUCAACCACGUUCACCACCAUCGAAGAAAGCUAAUAAACGUGUAUCAAAGUCGAGUAAAACGACACUUAAUGAACUGAAUGAGAAGAAUAACAUGCUGAGUGAAAAAGAGCGAAGCGAGACAAUAACUUCAGCUCAGUUAAUUAAUGAUAUGAGUUAUUUGCAACAAAGUAAUCAUAUUGCGAGUCUCAAGAGACAAAGUGCUGAUGGUUUGUUGCAAUUAUUGCAAGAACUUGGUCAAGCUUACAUGCACAUACAACAUUAUGAGAUGAAUGAAGCGGUUAACGUUCUUGAAUCGAAUAUUCCAACUCGUCAUUUUAACAGUAGUUGGGUGCAAUCAAUGAUUGCUUUGAUUCAUCAUGAGAAUCGUGAAUACGAAGAAGCUGUUAAGAUUUUCACAGUAAUUCACAAACGUGAACCAUUUAGAUUACAAUUUAUGGAAAUUUAUAGCACAGACUUAUGGCAUCUGCAAAAGGAUGCACUUCUUUCAAUGUUGACACAAGACAUGAUACAACAUAAUAAAACGUCGGCAAUUACAUGGUGUGUUGCUGGAAAUUGUUAUUCAGCUUUGAAAGAGCACGACACUGCGAUAAAAUUCUUUAAUCGAGCGAUUCAGGUUGAUCCAGAUUUUCCAUAUUCUUAUACUCUCCUUGGACAUGAGCUUGUCGUGACUGAAGAGCUUGAAAAGGCUCUCGGAUGUUAUCGUAAAGCUAUACUUAAAGAUCCUCGUCAUUAUAACGCUUGGUUUGGGAUUGGUACGAUUUAUUCAAAGCAAGAACGCUUUCAACUCGCUGAGAUUCAUUAUCGUCAUGCAUUGAAGAUUAAUAGAAAGAAUUCAGUGAUUCUUGUUCAUAUUGGAGUGAUGCAGUUUUAUCUUCAUAAACCUGAACAUGCAAUUCAAACGCUGACUGAAGGAAUUAAAUUAGAACCGAAUAAUCCAUUAUGUAAGUUUCAUCGUGCUUCAAUGAACUUUUCAAUUGGUAAGUUACAAGAAGCGUUAAGUGAACUGGAAGAGUUGAAACAAAUCGUGCCAAAGGAGUCUGUCGUCUACUACUUGAUAGGAAAGAUUCAUAAACAACUUGGAAAUAUUGAUCUGGCUUUAAUGCAUUUCAGCUGGGCAACUGAUUUAGAUCCAAAAGGAGCCAACAAUCAGAUAAAAGACAAGUUUGAUUCCGUGAUAAGAUCUCAUCAACAACCAGAACAAUCCGAAGGAAUUCCAUUAAGAGAAGACUUCGUCGAAGAUGAUGAUGUAUCGGACGAUGAAGCUGCUCCUGGGAAUGAUAAUGAUAACAACAAUAGUAGUGGAACAAUAGAAGAAAGCGAUAUUACCAUGACGCAUCAAAACCACCAAACUAACGGCGCAAGUUUGGAAGAUUGCCACACAAACUUUUUUGCUUUGGCUGAUUUGUGCGGAAUAAAAUGGAAGAAAUUAGUUUUAAAUGAGAGGCCUCUUUCAACUGGAGACCCCUUAGACGACCCAGUACUUAGAUCAUAUACAAAAUGCUUAGCUAAGGAUAUUUUAUGUGUGUGGCGAAGAGUGUCGCAACAUAAAAAUGACUUAGAUCAAACAGGUGGCUUGGGAAUGUUUGACAUAAGUCAAAUCGGAUGCACCUCGGUCAUUCAUCCGCCACUCUCAUUGACCGCAGCCAAAGAAUUGUGGAUUUUUUGGUAUGGCGAAGAGCCAGACUUGACAGAUUUAGUAUCUCCUGAACUUCUUAAAUCACCAGAUUCACUUGAACAAGGUUCUUGGGAAAGCGGAUUGUCUUAUGAGUGCAGAUCGCUUUUAUUCAAAGCUCUACAUAACUUGAUUGAAAGAUGUUUGCUCUCAAGAGAUAUACUUCGUUUAGGAAAAUGGUUUGUUCAGCCAUCGCUUGAGAAAAAUGCUGGAAAAAGCUCCGCACACUUAUCAUUCUCGUUUGCAUUUUUUGUGCAUGGUGAGAGCACGGUGUGCGCUUCAAUGGAUAUUAGAGAACAUCCACCCGUACGACCAUUGACUGAAGAAUAUUUGAAUGAAGUCAUUAAGAAUUCUCAACAAACUGAAAGCUGCUCACUUAACGAUGAUAAUGAUAAAGAAGACUUUAAUGAUAUUAAUCACAAUGUCAGUGUGCAAUCGGUGAUAUUGGCUCCUUUUGGACUGUCUGCAGUAUUAACCGGCAACAAAAGCGAAAACUACGAGCAAUAUACUGAAAAAAUUGUGAAUGAUUGGAAUAAUUUUUAUCCAAUGAAGAAGCUUGAUGGCGAUAAUUCAUCAUCGAAUAUGCCGCAGCUUGUCGAAGUAAUUUCAGGUGGAAUCAAAAUGUUAUAUCCAUCGAAAUAUGUUCUCGUAACUGAUAUUUUAUCACGUAAUAAGAAAGAUAAUUGCAUAAGUGAAAAUAAUAAGAAAAUUAUAAAUAGUAGUGAAACGAAAUCAUCAUAUCGAUGUAGUGAAAUUGAUAAAGAUUGCAUUGAGUCAAGUGUUUUGAACUUUUGCGAUGGUAUACAAAAGACAGCAUCGGGUGUAUUGCCUGAACGUGCAUGGCAAGACUCAAUUAUGAAUCCGGCAUAUACAAAUGCUAGCGUGAAAAGUGAGCAAGAAAAAAUUGAAAUGCAAAGUGAAAAUAAUAUUGAAAAUUCUAUCAAUGCAGCUAAUGGUAUUGAAAAAUCUGAUCCAACAACAUGGAACUUUGUGGAACCAAAUCAUAAGUCAAAUUGUUUAUGUACAAGAUGCAAAAAUGUGGAAAACCACGGAAGUUUUUCGUCACUUAAAACGCCAGGAAAUUCUUCCUCGAUAAGUGGAAAAUCAAACUUUCGUAAUAACAGUAAUCGAAAUCGAACGCCUUUUCAUAAACGGUAUAAAAAAUUGUUGCAUUUCGAUGAUGAUCACAAAACAAAUCAUAAAAUUUUUGUUACCUAUGAAUGUAGAUCUUCUUCCGAUUCCUCGUUAUCAAAAUCUAAGGAACGAUUCUCAAAUCAACCUUCUACAUCAUCAAAGUUCAAUAUUAGAUCUUCAGUAAAGCAGAGUAGUGGUGGUAGUGGCAGCAACGGGGGCAAUGCAUCUCAAACACAAAAUAGCAACAAUACAAAUGAAGUACAACAAAUGUCAAUCGGAUCAGAUGGCAGCAUACAAUCGCCAAUGCAUCAUAACUUAUCAUCAGUACAUUCGCAACCAUCAUCAGUUCCAGUGAAUGAACAAAAUAUUCUCUCACCAAUUCCACCAAGCGACGUUUCACCGCCAUCGAUGACACCAUCAUUGGAGAACAAUAUUGAUCAAAAGCCUGACAUACAAAGCUUGAAUAAUUUCGAUAAGACAACUGAUAACUCACAAACGAAUCAUCAAGCAAACAACAAUGAUGGAGGUAGCAUUGAUAAUGGCAACAACACAAAAAUUGAUUUUAAAUCAAACAACAACAGUAAACAAAAACUCACCGACACAAAUAACAAGGAGAAUAUUUGUCUGAAACGUCCAGCAUUGAAAGUUCAAGAUUGUGAAGAUAUUAGUGAAGAAGAUCAUUCAAUUAGUCAAUCGUUGUACGAUUAUUCAACAUGGGAUGCAUGGAUGAAUCAUCCAAUUAAACGAUUCAAACCAGAUGAUUUGGAUAGAAAUCGAUCGAACAAUAAAAGUUCAACAAAAUAUGAUUUAUAUGCGGGACAAACAUGCAGUGAAUCUUCAUCUGUUCUUCCAAAUCUCGUACAACAAAUUCAAAACCUCAAUGAGAGUGGAAAGAUCGAUGAUGCAAAAAAUAAUCUCAAUAAUAAUUGUGGAAAAGAUAAUCGAAAUGUUAAUGGUGGAAAUUGUGUUGGUGGUGGCAGUGGUGGUGUCGAUAAUGAUCCUGACAAGAACUCAAAUAGUGAAAAUCUCUUCACAAGUGAAGGUCUUCAACCAUCCUAUGCUGAUUUAAAUAAAAUCUUUGAUAAUUCUGAUGAUAAUUCGAAUGACGAUCAUCUUGUUGACAACACACCACCAGGAUCGAAUAAAUCUAUUGGAUGUCAUCCAGCCGACAUGGAAGUUCCCGGUGGUGUUUGUGGUAACAUUUCUGAUAGUCUCAUGGAAUCGAUAGACAUGAUGCCAUCAACGAAAUCAGAUUCAUAUCACAAUCUUGGCAGUCCACACGAAGAGCCUAUCGACGAUUGGUCUUUUGUCUUUAAACCACCAAAAAAAUCAACAAUUGUUGGAGCAUCAAAAUAUGCUCCACUCGAUAAUUUAUUAAGUCAAACAUUGCCUCCUAUCAAUCUUCCUAGUAAUUGCAACUACAAACCAUCUUGGAUCAAGCAAAAGGAACAAGACGAAGUAAGAAAGAAACAACAGCAACUGCAAGCUGAUAAUAAUGGAAGUUUAAUGAUUAAGAAAGAAAUUAUAAAUCCACCACCAUUACCAGAACCGCCUUCAAUUGAGAUAAAGAAAGAAGUCAUGAGUCCAAUGAAUGUUAAAAUGAUGGCUUCGUCACCUUAUGGUGGAGUUAAAAAUAUAAAAACGGAAAAUGUUGGCAGCACAAUCAUCAAUAAACUUCUCACGCAAGGUCCAACUCCACCACCAAACGUUUUCAAAUCUUCCAUUCACUCAUCAAUGGGUUCACCAUCACCUGCAAACUUACAGACAAAUAAUUACAUUUCACCAUAUCCACCAAUGAGUCAUCAAGACUCAAUCUUUCGUAAGACAAUGGUGGGAAUUGGUAUGCCAAUGUCAUCAUCACAUCAUUCACAACCGCCCCCACCUUACGAUGUUGCAAUUCAUAGUCCAUCACUUAAUUCGAAUUUAAAUUCCAUUUCAUCGAAUAAUGAUGAGAAUAAGCAGAAGAUUCUCUCGAAUAAUAAUAAUAUUAAAGGAAAUCAUCCUCAUCAUCCACAACAUCAUUUUAUGACACAACAACAGCAACAACAUCAACUUCAACAACAUCAGCAACAAUCAUUAAAUGGACAGAAAACGCCAGAAGCAAAUUCACUUUUAGUUAAUGUUCUCCUUUAUGAUACAUCAUUAAAUAUAUUUCGUGAUCAUAACUUUGACAGUUGUACGAUUUGUGUAUGCAAUGCUGGACCAAAAUGUGUUGGAAAUAUUCGUGGCUUAGACAGUGGACUUUAUUUAUCACUUGCUGCAAGUUGUCAUUUUAAUGAGAAUUUAACGACAAUUGUCGAGCGUUAUGAACAUGAAAUUACUGGAAUGGCAAAAGAUCCAUCAAACUUUAAGAAACGUUCACUACUUUCAUUACUUUUAAAACAACGACAACAAAAUAAAUUUAAUCAACAUCAAAACGACGAUGAUUCAAAACAACAACAACAAAAUGAUUCAACGAUGAAAGAAAUGAAAGAAAUUUCCAUUGCAAAUCUUUCACCAAUCUUUGAUUUAUUACGCAAUCAAUGCACACUUUUUCAUAAUUCAUCAAACUCUGUUCAACGUGCAAUUAAACAUUUGAAUCAGGAGAAAUAUUCGCCGAUAAUUGCUAACAAGCAUGUGAAUAUUCUUGAAUAUAUCGAUGCAUUUGACAUUGUCACAUUGGCACUUGAACAAGGUCGUUAUGUCUUCGAGAGAUUUGAUGGAUAUAACAAUCGACAACUUUAUAUUCCGAAUCAACAGCAACAACAGAAGAAUAACAACAAUCAAGUGGUUGAGAAACAAUCAACGUCGUUACUUUCACAACAGCAACAACAACAAGCGAUAAGUGUUCAUAAGUGGCCGUAUUUAAAUGCAGCUGGUCCGAAAAGUAAUCAAGAUAUUAUUCGUGUUAUGAAAUCGAUGCAAGUUUUAUUACAAAAAGCAUUUAAUCAGAAUGGAACAACAGGAUUGUGGGAUGCGCCAUAUGCUGUUCGUGGGCCAUUAACAUGGCGUGAAUUUCAUCGUUUAGCUGGCCGUGGUAUUGGUCAAUGUGAACCGCAACCAGUACCGUCAGUUGUUGUUGGACAUGACAAGGAAUGGCUUUGUGUCUCACCUUAUGCAUUACAAUUUUGGGAUAAACUUCUUCUCGAACCGUAUUCACAUCCAAGAGAUAUUGCUUACAUUGUUGUGUCACCCGAUAAUCAUUUCAUUACAUCGAGAGUGAAAAUGUUCUUUAAGGAACUCAGCACAACCUACGAAAUGUGUCGACUUGGACGACAUCAGCCGGUUAAGGAGUGGGAAGGAAUUCUUCGUGUCGGUAAAAGUGUUGUGAAGCAAGAAAAUAAUAAUUUCGACGAUGAUUGGCUACAAUCGUCACUCGACAGUAAUAAACUUAAUGAACUUUUGAGACUUUAUGGAAUUGCUUUUCAACAGUCACUUGUUGGCUUCCUUUCGAAGAUUCCGUACGAUAAAACUUUACUUAAUCCACCUGAGAAUUGUUAUAACAAUCAUAACAGCUAUAAAGAUCAUCAUCAUCAUCAUUCACAUCAACGACCAUCAUCGCUUUCAAGUCCAAUGUUACCACCACAUACGCCAGAUUCGAGUAUGUCAGCGAAUGGUAGCAAUAAUAACAACAAUAACAUGUCUUCCAUGUCACAUCAUGACAAAGGUCCAAACACACCGAAAUCAGAUCAAGAUGACACGAAAGAAAAUCUCAACAAUUCAACCUCAACAUCGGAAAUUAUGAGUCAACAACUUGAUCAACUUGCUAAUCCACCGCAUAUUGUUCUUUACAUUGUUGAGCCAUUCACAAGUGGGACUGAUUCAACGUCACUUGAACGUGUUGCAUGCUUAUCACUUUUAAAAUAUUAUUCGAAUGUUUUAAGUUCAAUACCCGAGUCAGUGAAAACAAACAUCAGCGUUCAGAUAAUUGCGCAAGAAAGUAUUCUUGAACUCGGAAGAAAUCGUGACAUUAAUCGUUGGAGUGAUCACAUGAGAAAUCUUGCGUUAAAUGUUUUCACGCAAUCGCAUCGUUAUUUGUCACAUUCGAAUAGUGUGAAGAGUUUGACUGGUUUUGGAACGGCAGCUAAUGCUGAAGCCUUUAUGAAGACAAAAGAUGAGAAAAAUAAAGCGCCAGUGAAGCUCUAUACGCCACCUUACAUUCUCUCAACAAGAAAUGCAAAAAGUGAGAAUGUUGAGAACUUUGGACAGAGUGGAAUCGAACAACAAUGCAGUAGCAUCAUGUACUGUUGUUAUUGUUUAUCAGAAGAUCAAAGCAUGCUCCUAGCGGUUUUGACUGAUGAACGUGGAGAAUUUCUUGAAAACUGUACAAUUAAUAUAGACGUUCCGAAUAGAAAGAGAAGAAAAAAGACAUCAGCAAGACGAAUUGCCCUUCAGAAGCUUAUGGAUUUUAUUCUUGGCGUGAUGUCGCAAACAGUGAAGCCAUGGCGAUUAGUCAUCGGUCGAAUUGGAAGAAUUGGUCAUGGAGAAUUGAAAGGAUGGUCGUGGCUUCUUAGUAAACCAAAUCUUGUCAAAGCAUCAAAGUACUUAAAAGAUAUUUGUAAGCAAUGUUCUGUAAUGUAUCCACAAUCGGUGCCGAGUAUUUGGAGUGCUUGUCUUGUAACACUCGAACCUGAUUCAAACUUUCGUGUUAUGCCGGAUCAAUUUACUCCUGAUGAAAGAUUUAGUCAACGAUCGACACAAUCACCAUUAUCGACACCUCAAGAUGUUAGCUGUACUCACAUUUUGGUGUUUCCUACAAGUGCAAUUCUUCAGUCAUCACAAGCAACAUUUCAUGAACAACAUUUGGAGAAUGCUCUUGAUUUUGGUGAAGAUUUUAUCAUUGAUGAUACUGAUGAUGUUGAUGAAGAUAUUAAUGGCAUUCAACAUUUGUUUGAUGAAUGGAAUGAAAGCGCUGUUGGUAUACCUCAAGCAAGUCCAACAAGAGAUUCACACCGUGGCAGUCCACUGACACUUGAUGAAAAUAAAAGUCGACAAAGUCCUGGAAUGACUGACAAUCAAACAGGACAAUCAAGAAAUAUUUAUUCAAUGCCAGAAGCUGAAGAGGUUGGUCAACUUCUUCAACAACCAUUAGCACUUGGAUAUCUCGUAUCAACAGCGCCAACAGGUCGAAUGCCUUCAUGGUUUUGGGCUUGUUGUCCACAUCUCGAAAGUGUUUGUCCAGUUUUUCUCAAAACUGCACUUCACAUCCAUUCACCUUCGAUUCACAAAGAAAACGACGACAUUUAUUACAAAGAACAAUCAUCAAAAAUUGAACAUCCAUUGGAUUCAAACACCACAGCUGAUGUGCUUCGUUAUGUACUCGAAGGCUACAAUGUUCUCUCAUGGCUUGCAAUGGAUUCAAAUACUCAUGAUCGACUUUCGUGUUUACCAAUUCAUGUACAAAUGCUGAUGCAACUCUAUCACUUACACACUGCUCUAGCGUAAUUCUGCAUGAUAAAGAAAUGAAAAAUAAUUGAAACAAACAAACAAAAAGAUAAAAAAGUCAUUUAUUAACUUAUUUUUUAGUCGCAUAAGAAAACAAACAAGUUAAGAAACAGAAAAAAAAGUAAAAAGAAAAUGAUGAAUGAAAAAGUUAAAGGAAAAAUCUGAUGAUCUGUGAUAAUUAGAGAUUGAUUUCUGCAUGUUGGAAAUGAGUCUCUGGUAUUUUACUACUCUUCUCAAUUUCAUUAAUUAACAAAAAGAAGAAAAAAAAUCAAUUUGUUUGUAUAUAAAAUUACGACGAUAACAAUGAUGAUGAUGAUGAUGAUGAGUAUGAGAACAGGUUUCAAUUCAAAUCUUAGAAAAAAAAAGAAUGAAAUGAAAAUCUUCAAAGUAUUUUCUUUGAUUUUCUUCUUUCUUUUCCCCCCUUAAUUCAAAUUUCAGUUUUAAAAUGAAAUUGUUGAGAUUAGAUCAAAUGAAAAUGUUUUAAAAAGUUUCCACGGAUAAAUGUGACAAAAUCUUUUUAUAUGAAAAUUUCAUUUUCCAAAUAAUCCAAAAUAGAAAAUUUUAUGAAAUUGAAAGAUUUCGCCAGUUAAUAAUCGUAAAACUGUUGCUGACCGAAAUUUAUCAAAAUGAAUCUUCAUUCUCAACCUGACCGAAUUUAAUUGAAACGGUCAAAAAUUCGUUUCGAUCACUUCACUUUAAUCCAGAUUAAGUCAAAACAUUAAAACUUCCAAGGAAAAUAAAUUUUCGGCCAGUUCUCUUUAAUCUUAAUCCAAAGGAUUUAAUCUACAAUUAAAUCAAAUUUUGUAUCGAAUUUUAUAAUUUUAAUUUAUCACAAAGCGAGAAAAAGAUUUAUAUUAAAGGAGAAAAAAAAACAAGAAAAUUCACAAAAAAUUGCCUUCAAAACUGAUGCAAUUGGUUUUACGGGGUGCAACAAACCUUUGAGCCUUACUCUCAUCUCUUUCCUUUUUUGUCUCUUCUCCUAUGGUUUUUAACACUUUUUAUUGCCUUACUUUGGUUAACCACAUGUCCACUAAACUUAUCGAUCAAUUGACUCUUUUUUUUUCAAUUUUCAAUGAAAUUUUGAUAUUUAUUAUUUCCCUUUUUUUAACUCUCGAUAAAUUAAAAGAAAAAUAAUCUGAAAACUUUAUGAUAACUAAGUGAAAAACAAAAAAAAACUUUCGCAAUCGAAGAUUUAAAUUUUCACAUAAACAAUGUGAUGUAAAUAAAAUGAAAGAUUUUCGUAGACGAUUUGACUUUGUAUUUAAAUUAAUGUAAAUUAAUUUAACAUGAUGAGUAUUAAAAUUAUUGAUGGAAAGAAAUGAAAAAAAAGAAAAACAAAA